CCUUUUGGGUAUAAUACAAUUGAAAUUCGAUCAUGAGCAAUACUCAAAAAUGCAAUAAGAUUAUGUCUCCCGAACCUUGUCUAUUCAAAACCCCCUCUGCACGUCCAAAAAAGGCCCAGUCUACCUCAGAUGGACUCUCUUUUAUACGGGAUCCAAAUUUCCCUCUCGAUCCCGACUUAAUCCCUUCCUUCACUGAACACCCUACUCUCAGAGAUCCAUGCCCAAACCCUCCUCCCCAGACUCAUCAAGAAGAGAUCCUGCAGAAGCUUUCUAAGAUAGAGGAUGCUCUCAGCCCAGGCAGCAUAGAACAGAUAGUAGCAGAUGCCGUCAGGAAGCUGGCUGCCCAGAAGCCUGAAGGAUGCUUCAUUUGCGGGAGUUCAGGCAACGAACAAGCGAAUAUCACUCAAGAAACCUCAUCUCUCCUAAAAUCCCUCAUCUCCCAAUCAAAACACUCAGAAUCCAAAAUCCUCCACUCCCUCAACACUCUCAGCCUCCAUCUCAACCAUAAACCCCCACACACAGAAGUCCACUCCCCUAAAACUCGCCCACUAGAAAGUGUCCAUCCUUUCACACAGAAUCCUGACUCCCAUAAUCACGAGGAGCGGAGGAAAGAUAAGAGACAGAGUAGGGAAAGAAGAGAGCGUAGAAGGGAUAGGAAGAGGUAUGAUGAAAUAGGAGAUGAUUGGAGUAGGAGAAGGAAUAAGAGCAGGUAUAGUGAGGUAAUUAAGGAGAGAAGUAGGGAAGAGAAAGAAACAAAUGAAGGUGAGUCAGUUUGGAUACCUAAGCGGAAGAGAGACGAGGAAGAUAGAGAGCAUGGAAGAGAAAGGAAGAGAAGAAAGAGAGAUUCAGAGAAAGGAUAUGAUUAUUAUAAGACAACAGAGGAGAAGUAUAAUAGAUAAUUUAAGUGAAAAAUGUGAGUU